GGUCAGUCCUCCCAAAUAUAUAAAAAUUACAAGCCUGGGUUUUGCACUUCCAGCUUGAAACUUUCUCUGAAGGUUCUUUCAUUAGCUGUUUGGGAGAGAAAGAAAAAGAUACCUCUUUGAAAAUGGCUAUGGUAGCAGAAUUCCUCAAGCAGGCCUGGUUUAUAGACAAUGAAGAACAGGAGUAUAUUAAAACUGUGAAGGGGUCAAAAGGAGGACCUGGGCCAUCAGUUAAUACCUACCCUAACUUCAACCCAUCUUCUGAUGUUGCUGCAUUGGAUAAAGCUCUAACUGUGAAAGGUGUAGAUGAAGCAACCAUCAUUGAUAUCUUAACAAAGAGAAACAGUGCUCAACGUCAGAAAAUCAAAGAAGCAUACCUCCAGGAAAAAGGAAAGCCCCUGGAGGAUGCUCUGAAGAAAGGCCUUACAGGCCACCUGGAAGAUGUUGCUCUGGCUCUUUUGAAAACCCCAGCCCAGUUUGAUGCCCAUCAGUUGAGGGGUGCUAUGAAGGGACUUGGAACAGAUGAAGACACCUUAAUUGAAAUUCUUGCAUCAAGAAAUAAUGGGGAAAUCAGGGAAAUCAACAGAGUCUACAGAGAGGAAUUUAAGAGAGAUCUGGCCAAAGAUAUCACCUCAGAUACAUCUGGAGAUUUUCAGAAGGCUUUGCUUUCUUUGGUCAAGGGUGACCGAAGUGAGGAUAUUGGUGUGAAUGAUGAUCUGGCUGAUAAUGAUGCCAGGGCUUUGUAUGAAGCAGGAGAGAGAAGAAAAGGAACUGAUGUGAAUGUAUUCAAUACUAUCCUUACCACAAGAAGCUUCCCACAUCUUCGUCGUGUGUUUCAGAAGUAUUGCAAAUACAGCCAACAUGACAUGAACAAAGUAUUGGACCUGGAACUGAAAGGGGAUAUUGAGAACUGCUUAACUGCUAUUGUGAAAUGCGCCACAAGCAAACCAGCUUUCUUUGCUGAGAAGCUUCACAAAGCCAUGAAGGGUGCUGGAACUCGUCAUAAGGAUCUUAUCAGGAUUAUGGUUUCUCGUUCUGAAAUCGACAUGAAUGAGAUCAAGGCAUACUAUCAAAAGAUGUAUGGUGUCUCUCUGUGCCAGGCCAUUCUGGAUGAAACCAAGGGAGAUUAUGAAAAAAUCCUGGUUGCCCUGUGUGGAGGAAACUAAAUGGCAUUAUUCUGAUAUACUCCAGCUUUAUCAUCAGAAGAUAUUAUUACAUUUAUCUCUGCUACUUACAAAAUAUAGCAUAGAUUCAAACAGAA